AUGGGCGACGUUUCCCCUACCCCCUCUCCGACCAAACGCCGGAGGACCAGAGGCCGCAUUGCGUCGAAGAAUGUCAAGAGUAUUAAGAGUACGCUUGGUAGAGCUAGUUUGAGCCCCUGUGGUGAGUCUUACAUCAUGAACCCCUACUACUCCAGCAAGGCCUUGCCUAACCUCGUACCAGAAUUGAAAUGGCCUCCGCGCCUGGUUCCUGUCGAGAUAUUCGGCCUGAUCACAUCCUACCUCCCGAGAUCCAAUAUCCAGAAUAUGCGCUUGGUCAAUAAGGAGUUUGACAAGAAGAUAUCCGAGGUCCUCUUCCGAACGGUGGUGGUGCCAUUUCGACCCGAGAUCUACGGAAUCACCCCCGAGACGACGAGUUCCAACGAUGAGGUACAGCAAUCGAUCAUGAUCCAAGAUCAGGGCAUGAGGGUAUUCGGAAACUGGAUUCAGAGGUUUGCUAUGAGUUUCGAGAUCGAUUAUUUCAAAUUGUCAAGCCCUCCCCUCAAAUGUGAACAAGAAGCCAUCACCAGCUUUUGGGGUAUCUACAGAUGGCCAUUCAAGACGUACAACAGAUACUCGGCGCUGGAAGGGCUGGAACAGACUGCAGAUGAAACAAGAACGAUGGCAAAGGCCUUGCAGUUCAUCUCCAAUGUCAAAGAGCUCGGCCUGUCUAUUGACGGUGGCCUGGGCUGGCUUGCUGGUCCAGAUGUCAGCCAGAGGGUUGCAGAACGUGGCGGCAAACUGCCAGUCUUUGGCGCUUCAAAAUUCAUGCCCGAGACCUCUAGGCGUAGAAAGAAAGCCAGACAGCCCCUGAAGCUAUUUCCUCCCAUGGAGCCGGACCCGGAACCGCACUCUGCGAUCUGCACGAGAAUCUUAGAACAUUCGGGAUACACCGGAGAGCAUCUUCAGUCAGCUAUGAAAUUGCUUCAGGAAAAUGAAGGUGAGGAAAUUUUGGAAGAUAUUGAUAUCGAAUUACAGGCCAUCAAUGACGUCACAUGGGAAGGUCUUCGAGCUAACCUUGAAUCUCCCGCCUUCGGUAUCCGUCGCUAUCCAGACCCCCAGCGGUGUGGCGGGCUUACGGCAAACAUUCUCUCUCAGGGUGAUGAAGAAGAUUUCGAAGAAGAUGCAGAGAGCAUUAGCAAUCAGCAAAGCAUGUGGGCUGCAGAUAGCACUCAGCCAGGCAACGGGGGCUUUCGAUACACGCCCAAGAACGGACGCGAUUCCCUGAAACCUAAUGACCUCACUAACGCACAGCGAGAGAUGUUGCUAGAGAUGGAGUGGGCUCAGAAUGCAUUCAUUCAUUCGUGGGUCAUCGCAAUAAUGGACAAUCAGUAUCAUCAAACAUUCAAGAAUCUUGAGGCCAUUACCAUCGCGCGCAUUCCCACUCGCCAUCUUGCAGCCCUCCGUCGCAAAGACUUCUGGGACAGCAUUCCUCAAUUGAAGAGCUUUUCUCUGGCGGUCAUAGCCGAUUGGCGGGAGGUCAAGAAGGAGGCCACGAGCUGGGUUCAAGAUACAAAGGUAGCCCCCUCGAACUCUGUUACGGCCGUCUUUGAUAUCAUCAAUCAGCAAAUAUCAAGGCGGAAGAACAUCAGUGCUCUCCAUUUCGAGUGGCUAUGUGGUGGUGAAUACGCCCCUGGCAUGUUUUCCCGCAACCAGAAUAUCUUGGCGGCCCCGGUUGUUGCGACCGCAAUGCAUAUGGUGAACAGAGCACAAGAACGCGCCGUCUUAGCCCUCCCACACAUUGAACAUCUCUCUCUGAAGAAUUGCUGGUUGAGCCCUCAUAUCUUGAGCAAACUGUUGCUUCCGAUGAGAAAACAGGUCCUGCAAAGCAUCUCCUUUGACUCCGUCUCCUUAACGGCGACGCUACCGAGAUACGCCGAGCCGAAGCCGAUUACCGAAGCCGCUGCUGUGCAUGUCUUGCAGGGUGCUCUUAUUCCGUUAAUGGCACCUUUAGUGCCUCCUAAUGAAACUCAAGAGAAUGAUCAGCCGGAUUGGCUCGAUCCGCCUCGGAGUGGCUCUUGGACAGAGAUAAUUGACAAGCUGAGCCCGGGAACCACCUUGGCUGGACUUCGGUAUUCGAGAGAUCAAGACCAAGAUCUAACUUCAAAGCCAGAGGCCAGAGAAGAAACAAAGCUCACCAAACUGGCUUUCAGGUCAUGCGGUUAUGUCCGAGUCCCUCUUGACUUCGACCAGAGCGUCCUCGAGCCGCCUCAGCCUUUACCUCAGGCAAGCGCUACCUUGAAUCAAAGAUACAACGAGUUGGAUCCGUACAUGAUGAAACCACUGGAAGCCCACACUAUGGCUACGAUCAUCAACUACAUCGAUCCCGUUGAGUCUAUUGUCCUCGAGAACGCAUGGAACAUGAUCGUUGGCUGGCGCACCUCGCCCACCUCGCAUUCGGAGCAACUUGUGGAGGCCAUGCUGGACGGGAUUCCUAAUGCAGGUGACGGUCGAUUUGACGGUUGCAUUGAGACUGCAUAA